AUGGUCGUGCUCGUCGCCUACCAUCCCCCGCGCAUCAUGGUGCUGCCUCAGCCGCGCGUCAAGGACCUGCCGCCGGCGGGCGUGCCGGAGCCGCGCGCCGCCGCGCCGCAGAACGAGCAGGCGCGCCCCGUGGCCGUGGGCGAGCUCGAGGGCAGCCAGCUGGGCAGCGAGCACAUGGUCAUGCUCACCAACGAGCAGCCGGCGAUCCUCGUGCACCCCGAGACGGGCAAGCUGCGCAAGGUCAUCGCUGCGCACUGGGAUGCGCCGCUCAUUCUGCCUUGCGGCAUGCGCACCACGGCGCGCGAGCUCGUCGAGCGCCCGGGCGGCGUCGAGUUCAUCGCCAAGCGCUCUGACCUGAACGACGCCAUGCCGAACAACCAGACGGACGACGACGCACGCUUCCAGAUCCACGGCCGCGUCAUCAGCAUGCGCGAGCUCGUCGAGUACUGCCUCGAGGGCGCCGCGCGCCUCGGCGUGCCCCCGUACACGAUGGAGGAGGCGCUCGAGCUCAUCCUCGACGACUUUGAGGCGAUCAUGAGCACGCGCCAGCGCCGCAACUGGGCCGUCAUGCGCGGCGUCGUGCUCGGCGCCAUGGAGAAGUCAUCCACGCCCACAACGCCGAUCACGGCCGAGCUGCUGCUCUCGCAAGAACUUGCGUGCCGCGUCGCCGAGCUCGAAGAGCUCCUCGACGUGACGACGCAGUGCAGCGCCGUGAAUGCGCAGGUGCUGGCCAUGAAGAUGCAGCAGCUCGAGCUGCAGGCCGAGUACAUCCAGUGUCAGGCGCAGACGGUCGAUGAGCUGCGUAGGGAGAACGCGACGCUCAAGCUGCAGCUUGCGGCGCGCCCGCCCGUCGAUGCCGCUCUCAAGCUACAGUCAUCCGGCGGCGUCAGAGCUCGAGUACGCUCGUCCUCUCUCGGAGACGCUCUUGCCGGGAUGGCGGCGGGCAAGUCGUCUGGGCGCCAAGGCGUCGCCGAAGACCCGGCCUUUGUCGCCUUCGGACUCAAGGUACUCCGCACGCUGCGCGACCGGGAAGCGGGCGCCCAGUCAAGCUCGGCCAUGCCGGGCGCGCAGCAGCGCGCCGAGGUGCACGCCUAGGUCGCCGAGCACGCAGUCACGUAGCGAGCGUCAUGGACGGCAGCGCAACCCCGAGACCUAGUCUCGAGCGCUUCCAGGCCCUCUCGCCGGCUCUUCGGUGCCACUCACAUGCUUCGGACGCUCUUUGAACGGGACUCUACGGCCGAUCGCGACGUCGCAAUACACGCUGGCCGUGCUGCGCACACAUCCUUGAGUCGCGGCGAGAGGCGUAUAGCUCGUGACGCGGCUGCUACUGCUCUUGCAUCCUCAGUCGUCACCUGCACAGCUGUGCAAGCUAUAGCCGCAUGCUGCUUGAACUGCUCGCUGGAAAGCAGAGCCUGCGACCCACGUCUCCUGCGUGGCCUGCGCGUGCUUGGCACCCUGCUGAGCGUCCGGCGCUGCCUGGCGGGCUCGACGUCGCGGCGCUAAGGUGGGAGCAGCACGCUGCCGACUUGAUGAUUGUGGU